GACGUUGCGGCGGCGGCGGCACCCGGCUGGUGGUCCCUGUCCUGACUUGUCUCGAUGAUCCCGCCAAAGUGCCGCCAAGGAGCAACCGGCGGUCGGUGACCGCUGAUGGUGACCACGGUCCUUAGCCUAAUUCCGUGUUAUUAGUUUUCGUGUCGCGUGAGUAAUUAGGCGCCUAUCCGGCAACGAUCAUGUCAUAGUUCGUAAUGUGAUUCACCUGUGAUUCGCGUCGUCGUCCAGAAUAUAGAAAUUACAAACCGACACGCGUGCGUGUCCGAGCUUGACUUUGCGGCGGAAACGUCGGACCCUUCAUGCAGAAACAAAUCCCGCCCAUCAUCAUGAACGCCCGUUCGAAGGAAGAGAUCCGGGACAUCAUUCGGAAGGAUCUGCAGUACAUCCACGAUCGUCGCGUGGAGAUGUCGAAGCGUCUCGCCGAGAACCUCGAGGAGAGCCUGACCUACGUGCGCGAGCUGUUCGCGCAGUUGUCACAACCGUCGUCCGGCCCGCUCGUCGCCAAGACGCCGAAGCUGCUGCGGCGGAAGGCGGUCCAGCGUAUUGAGACGAUACCGGAGGACGAGGUGUUGGAGCAGGGUAACAUCUCGCCGGCGAGCUCCUUGCAGUCUGUCAACGAGGUGGAGCGUAAGGAGAGCGAGGAAGCGGGCGGUAGGGCCAGUAGAACCCGUAGGCAAGCGUCCAAGAGAGCGGUGGACAACAUCAAGAAGCAAAGCUCGGCCCUGAAUGAUUCUGCAAAGAAAGCAAAGAGAGACAGCCAGCUUAAGAGGAAAAAGUCCCCGGUGAGCAGUUCCGAUGAGGGUGACAACGAGAGGGGUCCCAAGUACAGUAAAAUAGAAGAGAAUCUAACGGAGGCGAAAGGAACCGUGAAGAAAGUAACGAGGAAGAAGCAGGUCUCUCAGCUCACGGUGCCCGUUGAAGGGGCUAAGGAGAUCGAAAAGCCCGAUGAUGACGACAAGUUCGAGUCGCCCGUUCUACGACGAUCCAGUAGAACGAGCUCCAAGAGUUCUCAGAGUAGGGAGGCGAAUAAAGCGCAUGAGGCCAAUGUCGCGCCCAGUGGCGCGGACGACACCGAGGAACCGUCCGUGUACGAAGACGCGAUCGGGAAGCCCGUACCCAUUAUGAAUUCGACCAUGAAGCAGAGUCCCGUUAUGCCCUUGAACGCCACGGUAGUGCUGGAGCGUUUGCCGAACCAGCAACCGAGAUUAAACGAGACGGUGGUGAUCCAGAGGGCGGCGAGCGCGACAAGUAGCGGCAAGCGGUCGAAGGAAAGGGAAAACAAUCCCGAGAAAACGCCGCACGACAAUGCGCAACCGUACAAAGAAUCCGCGCAGUACGAUGAUUGCAAUGGCUUGAUUACGGACGAUGAAUCGUCGCCCGAUGUAAAGAGGAAGCCGAAGAAGCAACUUGGUAGGAAGCAGGCUAAUAAGAAGAAAAACGUGCUGACCACGUCCAGCGAGGAUGAAAUCCCUACUACGCCGGUAACGAAAACGCGCCCCACGGGCGCGGUCGCGCAAGGAGGUAAAGCGCAAGGCAGUAAAGCCGCGUACAAAUCGAACGCGUUGUUCAGUCCUUACGCGAAGGAAUCGGUGAAGAAGCGGGUCGAGGCGUUUGAGCAGCAAGCGAUUAUACACAGCCCGAAGCCGGUCGACGUGGACAACCCGCCUAGAAUGACUAGAACGAAAACUCGUGCAAUGGCGAACGCGGAGACGGAGACGAGGAACGAGGAGAGGAAUGUCGCGCAGAUAUUAGCCCGUAAGUCGAUCGCGAAAGCCAAGAAGAUCUCGUUGGCGAGGCAGAAUAAGGGCAAUGACGAGUUUAAAGAGGUAAAAGAAUUCACGAACAAGGAACAAGGACUGCCUGAGCGAAUUAAUAAACUUCUAGUCCAGACUGAUAAACCAACUAUAAAGCAGCAGUUGAAAACGACGCCUCUGAGCAAGAUAAAAUUGCAGCCUACAUUAUCCAUAAAUCGUCUUCAGACCCCUUCAAAUCUUCCGAACUAUUCGAAAACUUUGACCGGCUCGCGCACGAAUAUCGUUACCGGCGUGGAGUCUUUCAUUCAACCCCCAAAAAGUAUAACUAAAACCAAUUCGGCGGAGAAGUUGGAGGAAAAGAUGCGGUACGAGGAUGAUGCGAGGAAAAAGAGAGAGGAUGCCUUGAGAUUGCAGACGGAGGAGAAGAGGAGGAAGCGGCAAGAGAAGGAACUCAAGAAUAGAUUAGCGAGGGAGGCUAAGGAGAAGCAAGAAUUGGAGAAACGGCAGAAGGCCGAGAAAGAGAGGGAGGAGAAGGCGAAGAUGUGCCUCCUGCUUCAGGAGAAGCAACGCGAGGAGCAGGAGAAGAAGCGCGCCGCCUUGUUGCAACGUGCGCAGGAGAAGGAGGAGCGCCGCAAGCUGGAGGAGCAACAGCGGUUGCAGAGGUUGCAGGAACAAGAGGAGACGGAACGUUUGCUCGCCGAGCAGAGACGUCGGGAGCAGGAAGCCGAGAGGCGUAAGGAGGCGGAAGCGAGGGCCGCCGAGGCGUUGAAACAGAAAAAUCAGUUGCUUGCCGUUCAAGCCGCUAAACUCAAGCAACAACAGGCUGUUAAUAAUAAGCACCAAGGUGGCGGUGCCGCGGAUGUGAAUUAUGUGUUAGAUAGUGAACCUGACGAUGACGAAUCGGAUGACGAAAGCAGACCGAAACACGAGAUACCGCAUUGGGCGCAGACGCACGUCCGCAAAACGCAACUUGCGAUGCAACAAUACAUUCCCGAGGCAAUAGUUUACAAGUUCUUCGAUACUCGUAAGUGCACGCCAGAUCUGACCGAAUUGUUUCACGGUAUAGAUAGAAGUCGAUUGAAACGUACGUCCAGUGCAAUCUGGAAAACGCCGCCGCGUAUUUCUAUGAUGGAAACUGAGUUCGCCGUACCGAAAUUGUCAUGAAAACUAAAAAAGGAAUGCAUGUCACAUAGAAAUAUUUGAGUGUGGAAAUCGGAUCAUUAGGUGUAAGUAAUUUGUACGCAUAUGCUAUUAGCCGAUAAUGAAAUGUAACGUUUAAGAUAAAUCGUAUUUUAAAUUCGAUAAACACCCUAUUUUUUUCAACUUUAAAUACCGAUUUAUCUUAAACGUUACACUUCAUUGUUUAUUGUUAUAUCCCAAUGUUCGCAGAAUAACAAUAAUGUAUGUUCGUAAGUAUUUUUACGUAAAUUGACAAUGCUUAAAAUUUUCUUUACUUAUUUAUACAUCGUCAUGUAUGUAAUUAGAUUUAGUUAAUAAAUAAUUAGAUAAAAAAAUAAA